GCAAGGCCUCGUAUUGGCCCACAACUGGUAGCUAGUGUAAUGGCUGCUGCAGCUGCUGGUGGAGGGCAUAUCUCAGCUCAUGGGUGCCUUAUUAAUGGAUCUGAUGUCGCUACUUCAGGUAGCCAAAAUACUGGCAAAGUUUCAUCAGAUUGCCCGAAACAUUACCAUAAGCAAAAUCUUCGCACCAAAAACACAGCAAAUGGAAAUACGCCGCAUUCAAAUUUUGAUCUAAACUCUAUUCCAAGUGAAGCUAACAAUGUCGAAAGUAAAGCAACUAGCGUUAAAUUAAUCUCAUCUUUAGCCUGUCCACAAGCUUCAUCAUGCAGGGCUGGCGUGAUCGAGCUUCCUGCAUCGCUUGACAUACCGGCGUUGAUUGCAAUAAUGAGAGAUAUCGCCUAUGGAUGCAGAUAUUUAGAGGAGCAACAUUUUGUUCACAGGGACGACGUGAAUACUGGAUCGAGUAAUGAGUUUUAUCUUCCUUACAGGGAUAUAGCUGCCAGAAAUUGUCUUGUCAGUCACAACCACCCAUCUGGUCGCAUUGUAAAGCUAUGUGACUUUGGGUUGGCCAGAGACAUCUACAAGAACGACUAUUACCGCAAGAGAAACGAGCCCAAAUUGCCAGUCCGUUGGAUGUCGCCAGAAGCCAUAAGAGAGGGCUUGUUUACAAGUAAAUCGGAUGUAUGGUAG